AUGGACCUGUCGAAGCAACCAGUCGAAAAACUCUUUCAGCUUCUGUACUUCGAGCUUCUCAAGCUGGACAAAAGUGGCUCGGAGAGAACCCUUCCUCUAUCAGAGUACAGCAUGGUGCAGGACACGCCCUGCCCGAACCGGAUUCUUGCAUUGACAGAGGAGGCCAAAAGAUUAGCGGAGGAGGUGAACCAGCUGCACCUGAACACCACAGGCACUUCUGGGCUGUACUGGACACUUCACAAGUACCCAGAGGAGCACAGCUGGGCAUGGCUUCUAAGCCACACACAGGACCGAGUAAUGAGAAAAGUCUGGCAAUACCUGGUUCGGCUGCAGACUGUUGCAGUUCCGGAUGAUGCUCCUUGCGUGUCGCCAAAUCUUCGCACGAUCCUGAUGACUGCUGUAUCAACAUGGAAAAAGAUCUUAGGAGAACACUCAGCCUUGCUGUGGAACAGCAUUGCUUUCGGAGUCCUUGGCGAUGUGACUUCCUGGCGAGAUCUGGAUGAGGAGGGCCAGGUUGCAGAUGAGCCGGGAGGUGAACCUCCAAACGUCAGCUGGUCUGAAAAUUUGAUUUUUGGCAACAUGUUUGUCUCCUCUUUGCAGAAAUUUCUGGAUUUUCAUUCGAAGGAGCUCAGCUCUGCUGUUUACCAGGAGUUGCUGCAUGCGAAACAUGCCGAAGAACGAGGGAUGUUCUAUGAUUUCAGUGCAGGCGAGGAACACAGGAAGAGCGAGGAUGGUUCGUACUCUUCCUUUGAGUACUUAAGACGGCAGACCUUCAAUGGUUGGGUCUUGGACAAGGGCCUGAUGAGGGGCUUUCUGAGACACUGCCUGAAGCCUGUCUAUGGCUUUGCUGCAAAACGAUCAGUGGGUGAUUUUGGCGCUGGUGGUGGGCAGUACAGCGCCUGGUUGAAUGACACUGGCCUGGUUGAGGCCUUGGCGUUUGACAACACCAUGGCUGUGAAGGAUAUCACUGGUGGGGCUGUUCAGGAGGUAGAUUUGAUGCAGCCGGAACUUGAUUUGCAGAGGAAGUUUGAUUGGGUGAUGUGCUUGGAUGUCGCUUCCCUCCUUCCAAAGCAGAAGGCGGCCAUGCUGCUGCACAACAUCAAAAGGCAUGUUAAACCUGGUGGUGGCCUUCUCCUGAACUGGGGAGAAGCCUCAGACAAAGCAGACCAAGAGGACACUCGACGCUUUGUUGAGGAGACCGGCUUCAACUUCGACCAGAAAACAACCGAGACAAUCCGUCUCGGCGCUGAAACGAGCAAGUUCAAGGCCAAUGUCAUGCUCUUCCGAGCUUGA